UCUGGCCAGUUCCCCCAAAAUCAUGGUGUCCUCCCGCAGCUCCUUCAUCCGCCGCCUCACUCCACCACCGAGACCACCAAAGGCCACAGCUCACAACAACCAAGCACUCACGCCAUGGCCGCGCCCGCUGGUGCUCCCGUGGAAGCCGCCGCCGGACGCCGCUUCGACUACGACGUGAUCGUGGUCGGCGCCGGGAUCAUGGGCAGCUGCGCGGCGCACGCCGCGGCGUCCCGCGGCGCGCGCACCCUGCUCCUGGAGCGCUUCGACCUGCUGCACGGCCUCGGUUCCUCGCACGGCGAGUCGCGCACCAUCCGCGACGCCUACGCGGACGCGCGCUACCCGCCGAUGGUGCGCCUCGCCCGCCGCCUCUGGGAGCGCGCCGAGGCCGAGUCCGGGCGCCGCGUCCUCACCCCGGCGCCGCUGCUCUCCCUGGGCCCGCGCAGCGACGCUUCAGUCCUCGCCGCCGCCGGGAACGCCGGCGCGGAGGAGGUGGGCGACCUGGCCGCGAGGUGGGGCGGCGCGUUCCGGGUCCCCGAUGGGUGGGUGGCCGCCGUGAGCGAGCGCGGCAGCGGCGUCCUGAACGCGACCGAGGCGGUCCGGAUGUUCCAGGCGCUCGCCGCCGAGAAGGGCGCCGUGGUGAGGGACAACGCGGAGGUCGUGGGCAUCAGGAAGGGGGCGGGGGGAGGCGUCGUGGUGGCGACGAGCACCGGCGAGGAGUUCGGCGGCGCCAAGUGCGUCGUCACGGUGGGCGCGUGGACGGGCAAGCUGGUCAGGUCCGUCGCCGGCGUGGACCUCCCCGUCCAGCCGCUGCACACGCUGGUCCUGUACUGGCGCAUCAAGCCCGGCCACGAGCGCGAGCUCACGGCGGAGGCCGGCUUCCCGACGUUCUCGAGCUACUGCGCCCCGCACUUCGUGUACAGCACGCCGUCCCUGGAGCGCCCGGGCAUGAUCAAGAUCAACUACCACGGCGGGCCACCGUGCGAUCCAGACAGCCGCGACCUCGUCUCCGGCGGCGGCGAUGUCGUGGAGCGGGUAGCCAGGUGGAUUGAUGAGUUCAUGCCGGGGCGCGUGGAGACCGCCGGCGGGCCGGUCGACCGCCUGCCGUGCAUGUACUCCAUGACGCCGGACGAGGAUUUCGUGAUCGACUUCCUCGACGGGGAGUUCGGCGAGGACGUGGUGAUCGGGGCCGGGUUCUCCGGCCACGGGUUCAAGAUGGGUCCGGCAGUGGGGAGUAUCUUGGCCGAGAUGGCCAUGGACGGUGAGGCGAGGACUGCGGCAGAGGCCGGCGUGGAGCUUGGUCACUUCAAGAUCAACCGUUUCGAUAACAACCCCAUGGGAAAUGCCAAGGAUUUGUGAGCUCGAUCAUGGAUGUGUGUCAUUGUGGCGUGUCCUACAGUCUCUGUGAUUAAUUAGCUAUGUUUUGUGGUUAGCCUGGGGAUUAGGGACAUUUGAAGAUUUGGAUAGAAGGCUGCCAGGGGAGGAUGGUCGUAAUUCAGAUGGUGCAAAAGGGCACACCAUUACACAUGCAUGCUGCUUAUCUGCAAAUUGAAAAAAAAACAAUUGAAUAUAUUAUAUUAAGUUCGGCAAUAAAAUCUUUAAUGUUGUUUGUUUAUAAUA